CACAACUUUAAUAAUCAACAAGCUUCAAGAGCAAUACCAAGAAAUGGAAGUUUAGCUCCUCAUUUGGAGACUAAACAUGCUAAAAGAAAUAUAAAGAAAUGCUAUUCUAAACUGAGCUUAAGAGUGUAUAUGAAUUGGUAUCUUAAAGUGAAGGAAAGGAGGUGUAUUUAUAGGCUUUUUGAGGUGCAGGCUCGGGUACUCGAUCGAGUAUAUACAGAUACUCGAUCGAGUAUGUGUAGAAAUACCAGAUUCGAGGUAUACUCGAUCGAGUAUAUGUUCAUACUCGGUCGAGUAUGUGCAGAAAGUGAUAUUCGAGCCAUACUCGACCGAUUUCGGAUUUAAACUCAAAGGCAUACUCGAUCGGGUAUGUCGGUCUACCCGAUCGAGUAUAGACACUAAAUCGUGGCCAAAAUCUUCCCGGCAUGUUCCUUUGUCUUCGGAUCCGAUCCGAUUUGAAGUUUCAACCUUAUACUCGAUCGAGUAUAGGUAAUACUCGACCGAGUAUAGACCAAAAUCAGGAUUUUCCCUUUUGUCUUGUGAUUUUGCACCUUCCUUCCACUUUUGGGGUUCACCAACUGUCCUUUGAGUGAUGGUAGACCUGUUUGAGCUCAGAAUGACCCUAAUCUAAACAAAUUACAAGAAUUCAACAAACUAAACUAUUACACCAAAAGUGUGUAAUUUCCGAAAUACUAAACAACCAAAACUAGCUAAAAACGUAAACAUACACACGGAAAUUACAAGUGUAUCAUCUAUCUAGAUAUAAAAAUAGAAUUUUUUUCUCUUAAUCUAUUACAAGAAAUGAAUAUUUCUUGGUUCAACUACUACUAUAAGAUGAGUAGUACACUUAUAUUUAAUACUUUAAUAUAUAUACUAAUUAUGUAAGUACAUAUAAUAUACUAAAAUAUAAGUAGUUAAUAAGUAUAUAAUUUAAUAAGUGGAAUACAAGCAAAUAAUAAGUAUAUAAGUGAAUAUAAUAUAUGUAAAUAUAACAAGAUAUAAGUAUAUAAGUAGAUAUAAUAUUAUAUAACUAUUCUAAUUAGAUAUAAUAUAUACAUUAAUAUACGUAAAUAUAAGAUAUAGAAAUGUGCAG